AUGUCCAUGGCCACCAAGAAAUAUGCUUUCCAUGAUUUGCCCCAACAUUCAUCCCCGGGGCCGGUCAAACAGAUGGAGAGAUAUUGGAGACUUUGUGGGCUGUUCUCAAUGAGCCUUUGCAAGAAGUGGAAGCGAGCAAAACUCGGGCUCUCUGAGAGCUUCCAGGCUCUUGAAGAAUUGAGUGCCUCGGCAAGUACAGAACAGAUUCAAGAAUGGGAGCAACAGAUCAAAACAGCCAAUUUGAACCAGGCAAAGGACCUUUCCUCCAUGGACAUCUAUUAUGUCAAGGUCAAGGAAGCCAAGACCGAAAAGGGCAUUCAGCUAAAACUUAUGACUAAAGAACAGAAAGGCAAAGUCAAGCUGGGAUUAACUGGAUGGGUAAACAGCAGUAUCAAAAUUCAGGAAGCCCAAGCUGAAUUGGCCGCCUUUGUGAAGGCUCAAGGCAGUUGUCCAAGUGCUGAUCAGAAGCUGGAGAUAAUGAAACAUCGAGAGAAGCUGUCCAAGCGACUUGAAGAGUUUUCCGAGGCUGGUCAAGGCCAUUUUCCCAACUUGGAAAUUAUUGAAGGAACUAUUCAUGAUCCACUGCUCUCAGAGGAGAUUGUGGAUGAUGAUGACUGGAGUGAUUGUAAUGAAGAGGCUUACAAUGCUGUACAAGGAUCGGAUCAUGAUAUGAAAAGUGCUCUCUGGGCAUACAACCAAGCUCGAUGGGCUCUCAAUCAGCUCAAUGCUCCUCGGGGCACUCAUGACCAUUACAAGCCGAUAGGGAAAAAAGAUACAAGGGCACUAACUACAGUAUACGAUGGCAACGCCCAGGGUCAAAGAAAUAUUGCUUUGCCAUGGUUCUGGAAUAUGGCUGUGGCUGAUGAUUCGUCAGGUUCAACAUACAUGGAACAAGAUGAAUUGAAACCAGACAACCCAAUACAUACCUUGAUCCCAAACAAAAUGAACUGGACCCGGCCAUUUUUCAUCAACAAAGCCAAGGAGUGGGCCGGGCUGAGGGACUUGGUGCCAGACAAGCCAGAACAUGUAUCCUUUGUGGAGGGACAAAUCAAUUAUCAUCCAUCUUUAUCCAACACCACCAUGUCUUCUACACCAGUACCCUCAACACAAGUACCCCCUGUGCUGCAGGUUGAAAUUGACUGGAUGAAGGAUAUGAUUCAAGGUCAAAAGUUUGAAGCACAUUUUGGUAAAUGUCUCCUGUGGGUUCUCCCACAGGAGUUCCAGGAAGUCCUCGACUACUGGUCAUCUCACUUUAGGACCAUUCACACUGCUAAGCUUGCCAAGCCUAUCAAGCCCAAGUUCCAAAUCUCAUGGGAUGAGUAUUAUGCGGCCGAAGUGGGCUUCAUGAUUGAUAGUAUUGGAAUGGCCUUCGUUCAUGGGCAUGAGUUUGAGGUCCCCGUGUUCCUUAGAAGCUGUAUUCAGUGUGAGCCACUUCACCCUGACAAAGCAAUUCAAAGAGAUUCUGUCCGGCCUUCAUAUGAGUUUCCAUGGUGGAUAACUCCUAAGAGCUAUCCAAAGGAGGGAGUCUACUACAUGCUUAGCAAGUCAGCCAAGUGGUAUAAGUGGGCUGAAGAUAGCGCUUUGCCACUUGCGCAAAUCAAUCUUCAGACAUCGACCCUAUCACCUGAGGAUGUCAGCCGGCUUAAACCACAAUUGGAGCAAGUGCAGGAACUCAUUGUGGAAAGGAUUGAACAUGCCAAGGCCAAGGUCAAUUUCAUGACGCGACAGAUCAGGGAUUGGGAAGAUCUUGUAUUUUUGUCUUCCAAACUUGAUGCUGAGAAGCUCCAGUAUUGUAUGAGUCAGCUUUUCUAUUGUUUGCCAUUGAGGUGGCAUGACGCCAAGCCUCUCCCCAACCUUUUUAUGCCAGAAGUGAGCCAAACAGGCGUGUUCACUGACAACGGGACAAACACCAUGUGGUAA